CUGCGCACAAUUGGGUUGUGUCUGCUAUAUAUUUGGGGGAUAUUUCAAGGAAGUGAAUUUGCUGCAACAGUCUCUCGUGAUUCACAACGGUUUUUGAUCUGCAAUUUCAAUUCGGGCGUCUUUUAUGAAUAAUCAAAAGCAGCAGAAGCCAACGCUUACCGGCCAGCGUUUUAAAACUAGGAAAAGAGAUGAAAAGGAGAGAUUUGACCCUACCCAGUUUCAGGAAAGUAUUGUACAAGGCCUAAAUCAAUCUGGCACUGAUUUGGAAGCGGUUGCAAAAUUCCUUGAUGCCUCUGGUGCCAAACUCGACUACCGUCGUUAUGCUGAGACACUCUUUGACAUCCUGGUGGCUGGUGGAAUGCUUGCCCCAGGAGGAACCUUAUCCGAUGACAUGACCCGCACAGAAUUCUGUGUCUUCACUGCACAAGAGGACCUGGAGACCAUGCAAGCAUAUGCCCAGGUUUUUAACAAGCUGAUCCGGCGUUACAAGUACCUGGAGAAAGGGUUCCAAGAGGAGAUGAAGAAGUUGCUGCUGUUUUUAAAGGGGUUCACAGAGUCUGAGCGCAACAAGCUUGCUAUGCUGACUGGUAUUCUCUUGGCCAACGGGAACAUAUCGGGUCUUAUUCUAAGCAGCCUCUUCAAUGAGAACCUGGUGAAAGAGGGUGUUUCUGCAACAUUUGCUGUGAAACUAUUCAAAGCAUGGAUUAAUGAGAGGGACCUAAACUCUGUGGCUGUGGCUCUGAGGAAGGUUGGCAUAGACAAUCGUCUGAUGGAGUUGUUCCCAGCCAACAAGCGGAGCUGUGAGCACUUCUCAAAGUACUUCACGGACGCCGGGUUGAAGGAGCUGGCGGAUUUUGCCCGCAACCAGCAGAGCAUCGGGGAACGCAAGGAGCUGCAGAAGGAGCUCCAGGAGCAGAUGGCGCGUCAAGAUCCCGUCAGAGAGAUCAUGGCCUAUGUUCGUGAGGAAAUGAAGAAAGGCAGCAUCACUGAGCAGGCGAUGAUCAGCAUCAUAUGGUCCUGUGUGAUGGGCUGUGUGGAGUGGAACAAGAAAGAGGAGCUGGUCACAGAACAAGCCAUCAAACACUUGAAGCUCUACAGUCCACUGCUGAAUGCCUUCACCACCCAGGGCCUGUCUGAGCUGACCCUUCUGUGGAAAAUUCAGGAGUACUGCUAUGACAAUAUCCAUUUCAUGAAGGCCUUCCAGAAGAUCGUGGUGCUGCUUUACAAAGCGGAUGUUUUAAGUGAGGAGGCCAUUCUGAAAUGGUACAGCGAGGCUCAUGUUGCCAAAGGGAAGAGCGUUUUCCUGGAGCAGAUGAAGAAGUUUGUGGAGUGGCUGAAAAAUGCAGAGGAAGAAACCGAGUCUGAAGAGGAGGAAGCCGAAGCAGACUGAACUACAAGCCUUCAUACGUUUUAACAUCAAGUAGCACCAGAAGCUGUAGAAUGUUUUGUUGCAUAAGUGCGCGUAUUUCUAGUUUUCCUUAGUUUAUUAUUUUCUUUUUCUUUUUUUUUUAUAUAUAUUCUACCUCCUGUACUCUCAAACUGUAAUGUCCUAGAUGUAAUUUAAGGGCUUUGUAACAUUGGUCAUUAUAAUUUUUUUUUUCUUUUUUCUAACUAAUAAACGUUUAUACUUCAUACGGCGCAAAUCACUUAUACAUACAGCUUACGAUCUUUUUAAAUAUGGUGACAAAUUGACACUUUUUUUUUUCCAAAUGUCUUUUUUUAUUUUAUUGUAAAGUUUCUCUACCAUUCAGUUAUUUUUGGAGAAAUACUAGCUAAAUUGUUUGGACAUCUUUCCAUACCUUAUUCAGAAGACAGAUGUUUUUUUUUCUAUCUCCUGUUGGUGCAUUUCAUUAUGGUUAUUGUGGCCAAAUUAUGCCCAGGUUUGUUUUCUGGUUUGUGUGGCUCAUGGUUGAAUGCCCUUAUGACACAAUCACAUGAAAUCCAUCAAUGUGCCAGCCUUAAGAUUCAAUAGUCCCCCACCCCACUCUUGAUAUCAAUUGACUUUAAAAAAUAAAUAAAAAUGAAGACCGUGAAA